AUCACGAGCAACGAGAUGGUCUUGGUAUGACAGUGACCAGAAGUGACUGUGGAGGUUGACAUGCAAAUAAUGUGUAUAUAGUUAUGGCUUUGGUAGCUCAUUUGCUUCAUCAGGGCAGUGACCAUGGGGGAUUUCAAGCAUUUGGUGGUAGCCAAGUUCAAGGAAGGAGUGGCGGUGGAAGAGAUUGUGAAGGGGAUGGAGAAGUUGGUUGCAGACAUUGAUGCUGUCAAGUCCUUUGAAUGGGGACAGGACCUUGAAAGCCAGGAGAUGCUUAGACAAGGCUUCACCCAUGCCUUCUUGAUGACAUUCAAUAACCAGGGGGACUUCACUGCAUUUCUGAGCCAUCCCAAUCAUGUUGAGUUUUCUACUACCUUUUCAGCAGCCAUUGAGAAGAUUGUUCUGCUUGAUUUCCCAGCAGUUCCUGUCAAGGCACCAAAAUGAUCAAGAUUUUUAAACAAUAAGAAGCUACCUCAGAUCGUAGUAACUGUAAUGUGUGCUUGUGUGUGCAUCUUCUAUGUGUUUGCCUGCAUUAUUUUCUUAUGAAGGCAAUUGGACAAGUUUCUACGGAAAUAUUGUCGUACUCUUAUCUUUUAUGUUUUUUGCAACCAUCAACAAAUCAGUCAUUCUUCUA